GGGCAUUUCGAUCUAGACGUUCUUGAUACCUAAAGAUGUUUAUUAUAGUGACGUGUCAAUAGUUCCCAUAUAAGAUAAGACUGGUAGUACAUAUAAAGAUAACAUACGUACGUAUGUACAUUACAAACGGAUUUUUAAAUAGAGCAAACAUGUGGAAGUUAUUGCUCCUUUGCAUGCUGGGAGUCAGCCAUGCACUGGGUCCUGCAGAGUUUACAUUAUCAUCAUCCGGACAAAUGAAAGUGAAAAUUCCUGAGGAUGGUUUUUCAAAAGUUGCCAUACAUUACAACGUUAAUCAGGAAUUACCAGGUGUUACUGGGUCAAGAUUUGGACAUGAUUUAGUCACGCCGAAUGGUGGUUUCUUUGAAUGGCAAAGUACUACGCAGGCCAAAGAAGGAGAUAAGAUACAUUAUUGGUUAUGGGGAGAAAAGGGUGGACAGGGAGAGACACAAACAGAUUUAAGCGGCGUUGUAGUAUCUGAUCACACAACUACUCAACAGCCUAUACCAAAACCAACUUCUCCUCAGCCGAUUGUUACAAACAAACCAGUUGGAACAGCUUCUCCAACCCAAAGCGGAAGUGGUGCUGUAACUUCAAACAGCAACGGUCAAACAGCUGGAUUAUCAUCAGGAGUGACAUCGUCUGUUGGAACAGCCGGAAGUAUACACAAAGGAAGUCAGACCGGCAGUUCUGGAGGUUCAAGCGGAGGAAGUGGAUCUGGUUUCAUGGUUGGCGGAUCAAGAUAUCAUGGUCCUAGUAAAUCUAAUACAGUUAAUUGCACAUCGUAUCCAUGUUUGAUAUUUGAGGAUGAUUUCAACACUUUGGAUUUCUCUACAUGGGAGCAUGAGAUCACAGCAAGCGGAGGAGGCAACUGGGAAUUUCAAUACUACACAAAUAACAGAUCCAACAGUUAUACUAAAGAUGGGACACUGUUUAUCAAACCGACACUAACAUCAGAUCAUUAUGGGGAAAAAUUUCUCACCAGUGGUAGCUUGGAACUAUGGGGUGGUUCUAGCGGCGAUAUGUGUACUAGCAAUAUGUGGUGGGGAUGUAAGAGAGACGGAACAGCCGACCAUCCAAUAAACCCGAUUCAAUCUGCCAGAUUACGUAGUACCAGGGGUUUUACCAUGAAAUAUGGAAAAGUUGAAGUCGAGGCUAAAAUACCUACAGGAGAUUGGAUAUGGCCUGCUAUUUGGAUGUUACCAGUAUGGAAUGCUUAUGGUCAGUGGCCUGCAUCUGGAGAAAUUGACAUUAUGGAAUCAAGAGGUAAUAUCAAUUACCAUGAUGAUAAAGGCGUGAGCCAGGGUCACGAUUCCGUUGGUAGUACACUUCAUUUCGGUCCAGGAUAUCCAUUCGACCCAUAUGAAAAAGCACAUGGAGAAAAACACUUGACAACUGGAACCUUUUCAGAUAGCUUCCACAAGUUUGCAGUAGAAUGGGAUGAAACAAUGAUAAGAUUUACAAUUGAUGGAGAAGAAAUUCUUAAAACUGUUCCUCCACAAGGCGGUUUCUGGGAGUUAGGCGACUUUGAUAAGAACGCACCAGGAAUGGAUAACCCAUGGCGUGGAUCUUCAAAAAUGGCACCCUUUGACCAAGAGUUCUAUUUGAUUAUGAACGUUGCUGUUGGUGGUGUGGGUUAUUUCCCAGACACAUGGAGAAACACCCCUAGUGGCAAACCAUGGAGUGAUAAAUCUGAUUUCACCACCAGAGAUUUCUACCGUGCCAAGAACCAAUGGUACCCGACAUGGAAUCCUGACAAAAAUGAUGGGGAAGAUGCUGCACUUAAAGUCAAUUAUGUCAAAGUCUGGAAAAUGAAACCAUGAACUUGACUAUAUUUAUUUAUAAUUAAAAUGUGAUUUUGUA